ACAGGCGGCGCUUUCAAGACGCCCAAUCAGCGCAGCCGAGCGUUAGGCUGUAAAUAGGCCGCGCUCUCUCGUGUCACUCAUUCUGUUUUUCUUUGAAGAAGUAUAGACAGCUCGUAAGCGAUGGCAAGAACCAAGCAGACCGCGCGUAAAUCCACCGGCGGUAAGGCGCCUAGGAAGCAGCUCGCCACUAAAGCUGCCCGUAAGAGCGCGCCAGCUACCGGCGGAGUGAAGAAGCCUCACCGUUACAGGCCCGGCACUGUGGCUCUGAGGGAGAUUCGCCGUUACCAGAAGUCUACCGAGCUGCUCAUCCGUAAGCUGCCGUUCCAGCGUCUGGUGAGAGAAAUAGCUCAGGACUUUAAGACCGACCUGCGCUUUCAGAGCUCGGCUGUCAUGGCCCUGCAGGAGGCGAGCGAGGCCUAUCUGGUCGGUCUGUUCGAAGACACCAACCUGUGCGCUAUUCACGCCAAGAGAGUGACCAUCAUGCCCAAGGACAUUCAGCUGGCCCGCCGUAUUCGCGGAGAGCGCGCUUAAACAUUAUACUCCGUCUAAUCUACACAAAGGCUCUUUUAAGAGCC